CGACUUUGUACUGAGUACAAACAGAACGAAAACAAAACCACACCCGGAGACUGCGCGUCUUACCCGGGCUCUAGGGGAGCUUGGAGAAUCCCCCAACAUGCUUGCAUCAUGAGGCACAAUGAGACCGCCUAAAAUCAAUACAAUAAAUCCAGUAACCGCAGUCAAUAAACUUCAUGCCAUUAGUUUACUGCGGUCACACGGUGCCUGGAGUUCCUGGACCGACAAAUGGAAGAAAUGCUCCGAUGGUCGAUGAUCUGCCAACCUCAAGCGCGCGGGAUGACAAAUUCUUUCAUCGGCACCCCCAGCCUUCUUUUACAGCUUCCUAUUCGAGAAGUACUAUUCCGUACCUACCUAUAUACCUAGGUAUGCCAUUGCCUAUUAAUUAUUUCACGCUAUAGUAGUAGGUUCGGUUCAACCUUAAGAAAUACGCAUUCAAUUAUCUCCGCAGCCAAUCCAGGCAAUGAAUGAUCUGGUCCACCCAUUUUUAUCAACCAGCUCAUGGAACUAUCGAAAGCCUGAC